ACUGUCUUCCUUCUGGUCCGGCUUCCCACGUGGUUCCAACAUGGCUGCCUUCGUGGAUCUGAACAUCCCUCACUUACCGGAGAAGGAGUCGCUGCAGAAGUUGGUGGAGACCGCAGCCCACCUUGGCUAUUCAACUGUAGCAAUCAAUUAUGUUGUGGACUAUGAAGAAAAGAAAAAGGAAAUUGUCAAGCCAAUUUCUCCUGCCGAAUUGUUUCCAACCUUGCCUCUUGUGCAGGGGAAAUCCAAGCCAAUUAAGAUUUUAUCAAGGCUGACGCUUGUUGCUUCUGAUCCAUCACACUGCAACAUUCUGAGAUCAACAUCUCCAAACAUAAAGUUUUAUGACAUCUUUGCUGCAUUUCCUAAGAAUGGGAAACUCUUCCAUGUGGCUUGUACAACUUUAGAUGUAGACCUUGUGUGUAUUGAUGUAACAGAAAAGCUGCCCUUCUACAUCAAGAGACCAUCUAUUAAUGUGGCAAUUGAUCGAGGCAUCUACUUUGAACUUCUUUACGUUCCUGCCAUCAAAGACUCAACCAUGCGAAGGUACACGGUUUCAAAUGCACUCAGCCUGAUGCAAAUCUGCCGUGGAAAGAAUAUCAUUCUAUCCAGUGGAGCAGAAAGGCCUCUACAACUACGUGGUCCAUAUGAUGUGGCAAAUUUAGGGUGGCUGUUGGGACUCUCAGAAGGUAAUGCCAAGGCAGCUGUUUCAGCAAAUUGCCGUGCAGUUCUGCUUCAUGGAGAAACCCGAAAGACUGCCUCUGGAGUGGUGUAUACAAAGAAGAAACCUCGGAGCCCAGAGGAAGAUGAGUCCACACCUGUCAGUAAAAAAGCCAAGACAACUUUGUAACCAGCAGGUUCUCCUCUGCGGUUUCCACCAACCUGUCUGAACUUCCCUGUUGUCAUACUUGAAUGGCUCAAUGGAGUAGUUUCAGUUUAUUAAUUAAUACAGUAUUCUUGCUUAAAAGGAGAUACAAAUAUUCCUUGUAGUAGAGCCUCAGUUGGAUUAUGUGGGACAGUUUUGACUGUGGACACUGAAGAGCAGAGCAUAAAUCGUGUCAGUUUAUUUUUUGAAGGAGGUAUUUCUUCUCAGAUGCCUGAUGGAAGUGGAAGUUUAAAGUUUAGAGAAACAGGAGGUCACAUGUAUAGUGAUGCUCCCUUUUAUAACAACUUUUCCCCCCUCAAAGACUUGUUUUAAAUGUGAUUACCACCUCCAAUAUUCAACAUAUUACUAGGAAUGGAAAUUCCUCAGUGACCUUGAUAUCCUAGCCUGCUCCAUCAUCCUGAUAUCUGUUCAUCAGCUUAUGUAUUCAUGUUCAAAAUAAUUACCAAAAUGUUCUGAGUUUAACGUUUGCAAAUUUGAGUUGUUUCAGGAAGCAAAGCAAUAAGUGUAUUAUAUUGAUUGUGCUCAUUUGACAACAAUGCACCCUCAGCAGAUGGGAAUCCAGUUUGCUGUUUAAGUUGAUAGCAGUUCCUCACUAUAGCUACAAGAUAACCACCUGGACUUUAAGUUUGUUUAAUGCCCACUAGGAGUAGCAUGCAGCAGCAACUAUAACUUUGCUAUAAAGUAUUCAAAGGGAUCUUGUAUCACCUUUGAGUCUAACUGCAAGAGAAGUUGCAGCAUAAGCUUUCAUGGACUUGAUCUACUUCCUCAGAUGCCUGAGACCAACCACAUUAUUGCGCUCUUCUCUUACAAUGCUACUGUUCCACUUUUACUGUCCUGCUGUGCUGCUUCCUGUUGUAUUCUGAGACUUGUGCCUCAGUGAGACCCAAGAUCUCUCUGGCUGAGAAUUCUAAAUGCCCCUUCUUAAACUGCAGAGCGCAGGAUGCAACAGGAGGCAGCCAGAUCAGUUAAAGUGGAAUAGCAGUGCUAUAAGAGUGUAGUGCAGUAAUCUUCCCUCCCCAUACAUGGGGAUCCGUUCCGGACCCCACCCCCGCGUAUGGGGAAAAGAGUGUAUGCUCAAGCCCCAUAGGAAAAACGAAUCACAAAUUUAGUUUCCAAGACUAGUUUCCGAGACUGGAGGGAAAUGAUCCCAGGAGAACAGUGGGUAGAGCAGGCAAUCUUUGUAUGGUGGAAUAGGAGAGUUCACAUCUUUCUUUAUUUAGUAUAUUCAACCCCCUGCUUUGUACAUUUUCAGCAUAGCACAGGUUGUAGAAAAUGGAUAAUUUUGCUAGACAACAACCUAGAAAAGAUCCAGAAAGAUUUUGUGUGGUGGUCGUGCUAUGUCCCCAGGGUCUGCUGAUUUGUGGUCAUUUAUAGGAAAUUCUGUUUGUAAUCUAUACCCCUGAAACCAUCAAGCUAUCAAUAGAAAUAUGGUACUAAUUUUAUUCAGAUUGCUUGUGACUUAAAGUGGCUUUGGGUUUGUAGUUACAUCUUCAAAAAUAUUUCAGAUCUACUUUGCAGUUUAUGUACAUAGCCAGAAACUUUGCCUUAGAGCUGCUGCAGCUUAUCUUUGAUUUUUUUUUUUAAAUAAGCUAAACAUCUUUAAAAGAUGUUUAUUUUUGCAGAACCUCUAUUUUUUUCCCCAAAGACUGAAGCUAAGCAGACAUCAUAUCCCUGAGGCUGUCUUCAUUCACUUCAAGCAGUUGAGAAUGUGAACUUUAAAAAAACUGUAAGAAUUCUUCCUAGCCAGAAGGUUCAUAACCUUCAAAGCACUUCCUAAGAAAGAAGUUGGAAACUAAUUUAUUUUAUGUUAAUUAAAAACUUAUCCAGCUUCGCCAUCUCAUGAGGUGUCUUCAGAUAAAUGACAAACUGAUUUGUGAAGAUUGAAAAGAGACAUUCUAGUGUUCUAAAUCUUAAAUAAGAUUUAAUACAAAAUGUACAUAAAAGGCCAUACAAAUAUACAUCACCUUUCUUCUAUUAUUGAGCUUCAAAAAUAGCAGUCUUUUCUUUCUUGUUCAUCAUUUUAUAUUAUUGUCCUUGUAAUCUACAGAACUUUCAAUUUUCAGAUUCUGUAGUUCAAACGUGUUCCACCAUGUUCAGUUCAGGAUUCAGCCACUACUUCCAGUGAGGUUCAGUAGAACCAUUCCCUUUUUAAUUCCACUUUACACCUCCCUUCCAUACCACCAUUCUGCCUUUUUGCUUUUAACGGCUUGCUCUUGACAGUGACAAUUCAGCAGAAACUGGGUAAGGGUGACAAAUAGCUCUCUAUUGAAUAAAAGCCUGACAGGAAGCUGCUAAUAUUUUCUGAAACGCUGUUGUCUUGUAUAAAAAGCAGCUUUAACACGCUCCUCUCAUUCUCAUUUUCAUAUCUGUAACUUGUGUUCUCUAUAGAACAGCAGUACCAACAUGACUUAUUGAAAGAUCAGCAAAGUAUAAUAGCCAAAGGAACACCAUCUGAGAGAGAAGGAAAUAUGGAAUACAAAAUAUAAAUAGGAAUAAAUAAAGCAACUUAAAAUCACUGGAAUUCUAACAUUCAAACUGUGCCUUUGAAAUAUUUCAUCCCUGCUCUUGUCCUAUAUGACUUUAACAAAGGCAGCAAAAGGAAACACUUCUUAUGUUUAGUGAAGAUGGGAUCGUUUUGGUACUGCUCUUCACAUUGAUUAUGGCAUGUUUCGCAAGACAACUGUCAGUCCGGUGACACUUGUUUUUCAGAAUGUGUCAAUGGGGGAGCUCUUGUAGGAGUUUUCCUUCAGGCUGUUGAAUAUUUCUUUGGUGCCAUUUUGCCACUGCAUAACGAGAUCCAUUGGAGUUUUCCCUUCCUGCGCAGAAAAGUUAAGAGAGGUUAGUUUAAUUUUCUUGAAACUUCACCUUCCUUCUAUAUUUUGCUUAUCUUGUGGCAGUGGUGGUGGUAAAAUCCCAUCGUAAAGUGUCUGGUCAUACCUAAUGGAAAGGCCCAGAUUUGUUUAGCUGGCAGGUUUUUCCUCACUUCUAGAGUUCAUGACAGCUUUAAGGGUAGUCCAUUGGUCACAAGACACACAACAUGUUCCACCCUUGUAGGGUGGUCUUGUCCCAUUCAAUUGUGGGUCACGGGUUUCCGAAGGUUACUUUUCUGGGUCUGGGAUCCCCCUUUCGAGAAGAAUGCAUCUUUCUAAUUCUUUCUGUUUCUCUCUCUCUUUCUCCAUCCUUCCCCCUCAAAUUUUUUAAAUUCAAUUUCCAUUCCUGGAAACCUCCAGGCCCAGUGAUUUUGCAUUAAAACAAGAUGCAGGGCCACAACCACUGUCCAGACAAAAUAGAUAUCAAUUUUGGGUUUUAAUGUUACACCACCUCAGUGUUAGAGACCUUUAUAUACCCUAUCCUGCCUUUCCUGCAGACGUUAAAUGAAUGAAAUAAAGUAUAUAUCCAUUUUUCGUCCCAAAAAAUGGUUCAUGAGGCAGUUAACCAAAAUAAAAUGCAAGUAAAUACAAAUACAGUAAAUAUAUAAGCAUGUGAAAACACAACUAAAAACAGUUCAAUUAAAGGAAAGAAUGGUGUCUUUCCAUUAAAACCCAACUUGGCAAGGCUGAGAGGUUUUGAAAAAAUGUCUAAAAUCUUUUCAGUUACAUAUUUAGUCAUGUUUCAGCAGGUGGUAUGAAUGAGUGUAAUGCAGCCUUUUAAUGUUCUCUGUGCUUCUCUAUACAUUCAUCUCUCCGUA